GUGUAACACAGUUUUAAACACGUACAGUCUUGUCACGGGGUCCUGACUGACUCAUCAGGAGUCCUGUGCUCCCAGCCCAUUUGUUUGUAUCUUAGCAGCUCUGCAGAGUUCUGGAGAUUUGGACUCUGCCCUCUAACUAUGCUCAGAAGUGGUCUGUUUCGUCAUCCAAUGAGCUCUGCCUGUUUGUUGAUGUGACGCGCCUGUGGACAGAAGCCAGGCGCCUAUAGUAGCAAUCCUGGAGAAAAUUUAAGCAGCUGUGGCCAUGUAAUUUAAAACCUCAGCAGAGUGUGCUGUGCUCUAUGCACAGGGUUAGUGCAACAUGAGGGCUGGAUGCAGCUGGCUCUCGGGAGGACGUCCUCGCCCGCUGCAAGACAGAGAAGACAGAGACUGAGAGGCAAACCUGGGUGCAGCCGGAAAGGUCCAGAUAGAUGAGCUUGUGGCAUCCAUUCCCCAAGUUCAGGAACUUUGAACCCCUCCACUGGGACUUACUCUCCCUGACCUGUGUUUGUUAAAGCUACCCAAACUUGGAUUUCAAAGGAAGACUCUCCUGUUCCACCUCGUGGGGCCAGCUGGACAUCAGAAUGCGCAUAGUGGCCAUCUUGGUUCUUCUCUGCUUCUGCAGAGCUGCUGAGCUUCGUAAGGCCAGUCCUGGUGUUUUGAGAAGCCAGGCCAAGCCCAGCCACAGCCGCAGCCAGGCAGGUGGUGGCAGAAGGGGCAGCCCUGUCAAACGCUACGCACCAGGCCUCCCCUGUGAUGUAUACACGUACCUCCAUGAGAAAUACCUAGACUGCCAAGAAAGAAAAUUAGUUUACGUGUUACCUGACUGGCCUCAAGACUUGCUGCACAUGCUGUUAGCAAGAAACAAAAUCCGUGUGUUGAAGAACAACAUGUUUUCUAAGUUUAAAAGGCUGAAGAGCCUGGACUUGCAACAGAAUGAGAUCUCCAAAAUUGAGACCGACGCCUUCUUUGGUUUAAAUAAGCUUACCACCCUCCUGCUGCAGCACAACCAGAUCAAGGUGCUGACAGAGGAGGUGUUCAUUUACACCCCCAUCUUGAGCUACCUGCGACUUUACGACAACCACUGGCACUGCACCUGCGAGCUGGAGACACUUGUUUCAAUGUUGCAGAUCCCACGGAACCGGAAUUUGGGGAACUAUGCCAAGUGCGAGAGCCCAGCAGCCCUGAGAAAUAAAAAGCUACUGCAGCUAAAGACUGAUGAGUUAUGUGAUGAGGAGGGAAGGGAGCAACUGGACCCCAAGCCCCAAGUAUCAGGGAGACCCCCAGUCAUCAGGCCUGAAGCAGACUCCACUCUGUGCCACAAUUCCGUGUUUCCCAUACAAACACUGGACUGCAAGAGGAAAGAGUUGAAGAAAGUUCCAAGCAACAUCCCUCCAGACAUUGUUAAGCUUGACUUGUCAUACAACAAAAUCAGCCAGCUCCGACCCAAGGAAUUUGAAGACGUUCAUGAACUAAAGAAAUUAAACCUGAGCAGCAACGGCAUUGGAUUCAUCGAUCCUGCUGCCUUUUUAGGGCUCACACAUCUGGAAGAGCUCGACUUAUCAAACAACAGCCUACAGAACUUCGACUAUGGAGUGUUAGAAGAUGUAUACUUUCUGAAACUCCUGUGGCUCAGGGAUAAUCCUUGGAGAUGUGACUACAGUAUCCACUACCUCUACUACUGGUUAAAGCAUCACUACAAUGUCCACUAUAAUGGUCUGGAGUGCAAAACCCCAGAAGAAUACAAAGGGUGGUCUGUGGGGAAAUAUGUUCGCAGUUACUACGAAGAAUGCCCCAAAGACAAGCUGCCAGUGUACCCUGAGACUUUUGACCAGGACACAGAGGAUGAUGAAUGGGGAAAACCACACAGAGACCACACAGUGAAGAGGCAUGGAGUGAGGAUCACCAUAGUGGGAUAGCUCGCACUAGUUGCACAGUGCUGCGCUGGUGCUGGGAACCAUAUGUUUACAUUUUGAUCAGUUGUGAUGCCUGUUUAUACAGGGUUACCCAGCUACAAAAGCUCCUUUGGAUUAGUUCCUAAUUAUUAGUAUGUUGUACUCAUUUUAGUCAUCUAGUAAAGUCUGUAUUCUGCUUAUAGGCCCUCCUGUGGGCAGACUCUGAUUACAGGAUUCCACAGUGGGCCAGGAUUAGUGGUGCAUGCCUGUAAUUCCAACCCUCAAGCUGAGGCAGGAGGAUGAUGAUGCCCACCUGUGCUACAUCACCAGAAACAGUCUCAAAAUAACCAAACUAUUCCACACUGGUGACCUGAGGGACUUAGAUCUUAAUAGGGUAUUAGAAUUUCAUAGUGCCUUGCAUAUGUCUUUAAUGGCUUUUUGAAAUAAAUGUUAAGAAAAAAAAGCAAGUUUCAUUUUUACAUGUCUUUCUGUAACUCCUUAUACAAUCUGUAAAAUGAUCAAAAGGAAAUGUCACAAUGAACUGUCUCCCCAAAAUCCUAUCAACCCUCUGCCGUUACUAAUGCAAGUGUCAAGUAGAUUUGCAUUUUGGACUCCUGUAUGCUCUAGAGUAAGGUUCUGGCAAACCCAACUCUCAAUCAUUCCUCAGUGAUUAAACAAAACUGCCACAAUAAGCAAUAGAGAAUAUGAGACUUAUAGUAUGAUAGAGUAGUCAGAACAGCUCUGAGAAGCCUGAGUAGAUGGUGAGAGCCCUGAAGACCUGGAUCCACCAGUGAAUGUGGAAACAACACUGCUCAUCUGUCCUCAUCUGAGUCUGGAAACUGCUUGUCUGUCACCCAAGUACUUCCUCCUAAGGUAACAGGGCAAGGACCAUAAAAUUAAGAUUUAGGGUCAGAAUCUAGAGUGAAAAAGAGAGCAAAAAUUACUAUCAGAGACAAUUGAAGGGAGGGUGAGUAGUCAAGGGAUCCCUGCAGUCUGGGGCUUUAGUUCAAAUUAGAUCAACUAGAAAUGAGUCAGUGAAAGAGGCUGUGAGCAGAGAAAAUAAAUCUGACUUCACCAGCUGGCACACCAAUCACCAUCGAUAUGCCACACACCAGGCAAACCACACCAAGGAUGUGCAUGGACUCUGAGUGAAUUUCCUCCCACAGAGAACAUAUUUUCAUUUCUCUGUCAAGACUUUGGGUACAAAGUUUAGCAAGUGGUCAUUCUUAAUUCUUACAUAAACUGCACAAGCAUAAAGAUGACUUUAUGAUAAAUAUGAAAGAUGACAUAUGAUAAAUAGUUCUGAGUACUGUACAAAGUGUCAAUAGAUUCUGAGCACUCACUAAAAGUUUCUCAUAUUCUUCUUGUAAUUCAAAGGGUCCCUCUGAGGACCAUAAUGUUAUCUGCCUUUCAAAGAUGAGAAAUCCUUUUUCUUAGAGGGGGGUCAGGUAACUUGGACAAAGCCAUACAGCUGGCAGGAGGCAGAGCUAUGUAAACUUUUUCUAUUGUACAAGGAAACAUGGCCCUUGACCUUGACUACCUGCAUCAGAAUUUCCAGAACCAGAUCCUGCCCCCGAAAAAAAAAUAGCAGAUGUGAGGGAAAUUAAGCCUUCACUUCCAGCAACACCAAUGAGAGUAGAUGGCAAGAGAGACAUUUGAAUUUAUAUUAAUGUGCAUAGGAAAGCAAGAUUUGGAAAGCCAGAGUAGCUGCCAGUAAUGCUGGUUUGGUUUGGGGCAUUUGUGUGGCUGUGAGGGUCUGAACACCUUACCAAAUUUACCAGUGGUUUGGUUAUAGGAAAUGCAAAUCCCACAUUAUACACUAGGAGUCAUCAAAGACAUCUGUUAGCUUUAAAAUGUUGCCCAAGAGAUUCAGUGGAUUUAUUCAUCAUUGUCCAUGGGCCUCCAGGUAAAGCAGUAAGGAUGAGGACCUCAAGUAGUCAAGAUCUGGUAUUAGAGAAUCCAGGUGUUACCUCACUGGUGGGCAGGAGGAUUGAAAGGAGAGGAGCAGAUUGAGUAUAAUUCAAAAAAGGGUCCAAAUUAUUCCCUGCUUCAAUUUUUAGAAGCUAGUUGGGGAUUUUAUGGGUUGACUUUCAUAGCCAACAUCAUCCCUUGGGAUGUAUUUGGAAAUGGCUCUGGAACACAUUAUAAUAGAAAUUAGUCUCAAACAUCCCAAAGCUAAGUGAGUUGGAAUGUUGGUAUUGC